CAUAAAGUGGAACACAACACACUACCAUUAGGUGAGAGAAAUUAAGACACUGAUAUUAUAAAAUCAGAACCUCCCUAGGGAUGAGAAACUACUUACACCUUCCUAGAAAGAAAUUAAAGGAGCUCUAAAAACCUCAUUUCUUUUUCUUUUCAUUUAUAAAACUUUUAAUGCUGAACCAGAUGUCAGGACAGAGUCAUUUAUUGAGUCAUGUAAGUAUAGGUUGAAUUUAAGUGCUUUUUUUCUUUCUUACUUACUUAACCUCUUCUCUGCUUCUCUGUAUCCUAGCAGCCUCAAAUUUUGACCACUUAUCACACUUUUCAUCAUCACUAAUUUUUAACUAUAAAGCAAGAAACUCAGUUUGAGGUUUUCUCUUGUAUUGUAUUGUAUUGUAUUGUAUUGUGAGUUGAGAGAUGAGUUAUUUGGGUGUAGGUAUUAGUCCUGGAAAUGUUCCUGUGUAUCACAGCACAGACAUGAAAGUGUUUGAUAGAAAGGUUAGGAUCACUGAGUUGGUUUUGAGGGGUGUGAUUCUUGGUUUAGGACUUCUUGCUGUUGUUCUUAUUGUGACUGAUUCACAAGUUAGAGUUUUCUUCACCCUUGAGAAGAAAGCCAAAUUCACUGACAUGAAGGCUUUAGUGUUUCUGGUUGUUGCAAAUGGUUUAGCUGCUGGUUACUCCUUAAUUCAAGGGCUAAGGUGUGGAGUGAGUAUGAUUAAAGGAAGUGUACUCUUCAACAAACCUUUAGCUUGGGCCAUUUUUUCGGGUGAUCAGGUAAUGGCAUAUAUAACGGUGUCUGCGGUAGCGGCGGCGGCACAAUCUGCUGUAUUUGCAAAGAUGGGUCAACCAGAGUUACAGUGGAUGAAGAUAUGCAACAUGUAUGGAAAAUUCUGCAACCAAGUUGGAGAAGGGUUAGCCAGUGCUUUUUUGGCUAGCCUAAGUAUGGUUAUACUAUCAUGCAUUUCAGCUUUCAGUCUGUUCCGUUUGUAUGGUGGUAGCAAAACUAAAAAUGCACAUUGGUAAUGGUAGGUUAGAAUAUAAGUUAAAAAAUAUAAUAUAGUUUGAAAGUGAAUAAAUAAAACCUACCACUCAACAACCUACUACUAUUUUCUUGGUUUGCAAUUUACAAGGGGUUUUGGUGUGUAUAUGUAUGUAGUAAUAUAGUAGUGAAUGGUGAUUGUGACAUGAAUAUGACUUAUGAGAAUGGAGUUAUUGUAA